AGGAAACUGAUACUUUCAAACUAGACUGGUGUUUCAACGCUUGUGUUGUUUUUUUAUGGAUUUUGGCAUUCCGUCCGAAAUCACGGUGGUUUAAAGUUUAUGCUUUUGAACUAAAACUAAAGAUCUUUUAAAAUACCUCCUGAAACAUAAAAUAGACUUGUCUUCUCCAAGAGAGCCUGCUUUAAGAUUGUGAGAGAAAAUGUGCUUAAAGCCACUCUAGUAUAUUUUUUUUUCAGAAGAGGAAAGUCCUGUUUCAGUUUUCCUCAAAGCAAAACAAAGGAGUUACUCUCUCAUGGCUAAUACCACAACAACUCAAGCCUCAUACAUCACAGUGGAUGCACAGGCUGAUGAAUGCCUUGAAAAUGUUCCACCUAGAGAUCCUAAAGCUGUUGACUCUUCAAAGCUAGAAAAUGCUGAGAAUUUCACCUUACAGUUGGAGGAAGAUGAUGCGGAUGCUUUUGUCUCUUCCACUCCUGCUUCAAAGAAUAAAACCAGUGAUUUCCAGGCAAAGUCGUUGCUGUCAGGUGUCCAGUCUGCUCUAACCCCAGUCUUAAAAGAUCUAAAUAUCUGGAAUAAAGGCGCAUCUCCAGAGCUUUUUAAACUUCGAAACAGUCCUAAUCCUGCUGUUCCUUCUAAUUUUCAUGCUGCAAACUGUCAAAAAUCAACCGGAGAUUCAAGGACACAAAAGAAUGGCGAAGAUAUCUCUAUGAUCAAUGAUGAAUGCUUGCCAGAAGUUACUCUGUCCGAUCUUACCUCAGAUUCAAUGUUGUACCUGACAAUGAAUGAUUCAGUCUUCCCUGAAAGACAACAUGCAACUCCUCAGCUUUAUAGUAAAAAGACAAACACUUCAGAUCAUCAAAAUAGCUUUUGUGCAAAGGUGGAUGACUCUUUUCAGAGCGCUAUUUCAUUCAGAGGGAUUUGUAAUGAGUAUUUACAAGACAUUACUCUCCUUGAAGUUACUCGGGCCUCUCCAGUUGGACACAUGUCCUUCAUGGACAUGGAAGAUGACAGAGCUACUUCUGAUCAUAGUGAUCAAAUUAUGACAGAGAAAUCGGACACAAUCACGAUUGAGGAACUCUCCAGCAAGAGCGGAAAUUCUGUCCAGAGUUCAAGGCAAAACUCAAUUAAGGCAGCCUUGGAGGUAACUCAGGAUGUUACUUUGGAAAACAGCAAGUCUUCAUCUGAAUCCAGUGGACAAAAAGUGGAGAAAUCUCAAAAUCCAGUCGAUAGCACUCAAGUUAUUAAUGUUACUCGUGAUCUAUGCUCCUCUUGUGAUGCCUCUAACAGUGUCGACAUCUCUUCCUCUGGCACAGAAAGAUCAACCUAUGAGGUUUGUCCUGAACCCAGAGGAAACCCUGAUUGCAUAGAGGCUGAGAUGGUCACUAAGGAGUCGCAACAGAGCCCAGAAUCAGAGACCGGUGGACAAAAACUAGAGAUGUAUCAGAGUUCAGACACACUCUGUAUCCAAGCUAUUAAUAUUACUCAAGAAAAACCCCCCGGCUGUGACACGUCUGUACAGACUGCACGCUUGCCUGCUGACAUGGACAAAUCCUCCCCCGAGUUGGAAUCUGAACCCAAAGAAAAACUUGAAGAGCUGCCAACACACUGUGACACCGAGUCAACCAACAAGGAGUCACAACAAACCCUGAAACCAGACGUGUCUGCCAACGGUACAUUUGCAGUUGAGCAGCCCUCUAUACAGACCGUUUCCAUCGUCAAUAACGAGACUCUAGAUCUUCCACCAACCAACGUAAGCUAUGCAAAAGAUGUCAAGGAAAGCGGAGAUCAGCAAACUUCUGUCGACUCUAAAACUGAAGCUUCCUUUGUUGUGCAUCAGAGCAGCUCUGAUGCAAAGGAAACCACAUUCACCGUAGGGCAGAAUGCCACUGUAGACGGAGAUCCUCUUCAAAAAUCUAAACUCCAGAUCGGUUCCGCCAUAGAGAAAACUCCUGCUCCACUUGGUCAGCGGAACGGCACAUUUGAUUAUAAGCUUCCCUCACAACUAAAUGGCACGAAAACUUUGGCAGAAAUUAGCUCGAAUGACAGUCAUCAAAGCGCCUUGGGCAGCUCCUCCACUUCCAAAGCAAGAAAUGCAACAAUUACCCUUAAAGAUGGCUGUUCUGAAAACAACUCAUCAAAACUCCAAACAAAUGAAGCUGCAGAACCAGAAACCAAGAAGGACGGAAGCCCAAACAUGACAUUUGAAACUCCUCUACAGCCAGCCAAUGUGUCCAUAUAUCUUUCACAAUCAGGUCUUUCUGAUUUUGAUGAGAGUUUGGUUUUAAAACCUCAGUGCUUGGCGUCUUCUACACCAAUGGUGAGCAUUAAAAUGUGCACCUUAGAGACAAAGAGAGAGCCAGGCCACAUCCUAGCAGCGCAGAAAAACCUUUAUGGGAAAACACCUAUUGAACCGUCAAACACCAUCAAACCGUCAAACAUUAUUGGUGAUCGUAAAACAUUCUUCAAGCAGCCCACAGUUAAAAACCUUUAUCCUUCCUCCAAAAUUGCCUCUGAGUUGUUGAAACGUAAUCCACCAGCGGCGGCAACAGGCCUGCUGGUGAAACGACAGAGACCAGACGGGGAGGCUGCGAAAAGUUCUGCUGCUCCAAAGGAACAGGAGAAAAACUCAAAUUCGUACAACCUGCGAUCUUUAGCCUCCAAGCUGCCGCCCCCCUCUGGCUUGCAGAGACCUCAGGUGAGCGGCAUUCCCGUUGGCUUACCGAGGGCUACACUGAGUCUGAGAGCAGCUCCCUGCUCAAGCACAGAAAAACCAAGUGGACCUGCAGCCGCCAACUCUGUCACGAAGAUGGCACCAGGAAAGAGGCAUCCUUUGGCUAAAGGAGACGUUUUGCCUGUGUCAAAGAGGAAGAAAACGGAUGCCAGCACAACUGAAGCUCCCGUAUCCGUCAGCGCCGCCAGCGGGGUAAAGACGGGGAAACAGCCCACAGCCGGCCACAGAUCUGCCCUGGAUAAAUCCUCCAGAACUGAUGCUGCAGCUGCUAAAACUGCAGCAUCAUAUGAUGUCAUCGGCAGGGGGAGGGGCUUAAAACAGCCGGCAGCCAAUCCCAGAGCUAACCAUGUUAAACCACAAAGCCAGGGUUGCACCAAAUGUGAACAUCUGUCACAAGAAAUAGAAAGGUUAAAGGAAGUGCUUCGCAAGCAUAAAAUACCACUGAACGGCUGAAGGUUUCCGUAAUUUUAAAAAAUAGUGAAAGUUUUAUAACUUUUUGUUGCUCUUGAUUAAAUGUGGAUUUAUAAAAUGAAUAAGAAUAAAUGUCUAUGAUUAACUAAAGGACAUGAUGUUUGUUUUUUCAACAGUUUAAGGAUUUACAAAGUCUUAAUUUUUUCUUGUAAGUGAAGUGUGCAUCUGCAACUUUUACUUAUCAAACUGAAUAUUUAUAACAUUGUGCUGAUCUUUAUUUUUGAAAACUCAAAAUAAUCUUCCACGUAUUAUCAACACUAAAGUAUUGACUUCAGAGGAAAGAACAAUACAUACUUGCAGAAUUAGGUCAACU